AUGGAGACGGAGAUUCCUCCAAAGUCAACGGAGAUCUCAGAGACAUUGUUACCGGCAAAUUCUGCGACGAAUCUCGAUCACUACGACGACGAAGAUGUUCCCGAGUGGAAGGAUCAGAUCACAAUCCGAGGCUUAAUCGCUAGCGCCUUGCUGGGGAUUUUGUUCUGUAUCAUCACCCAUAAGCUCAAUCUCACAAUCGGAAUCAUUCCUUCGCUGAAUGUAGCUGCUGGUCUUCUCGGAUUCUUCUUCGUCAAGUCGUGGACUGCUUUGUUGUCGAAUUUAGGGUUUAGCGUUAAACCCUUUACCAAGCAAGAGAACACUGUUAUUCAGACUUGCGUUGUUGCUUGCUACGGCCUCGCUUAUAGUGGAGGAUUUGGUUCGUAUUUGAUUGCAAUGGAUGAGAAGACAUACAAGCUCAUUGGUGCUGAUUAUCCUGGAAACAAUCCAGAAGAUGUUAUAAAUCCUGGACUGUGGUGGAUGAUUGGAUUCUUAGUUGUAGUCAGCUUCCUCGGUCUCUUCAGUCUCGUUCCACUUCGAAAGGUGAUGAUUUUGGACUACAAGCUUACGUAUCCUAGCGGAACAGCUACAGCGAUGCUGAUUAACAGUUUCCAUGACAACUCUGGAGCCGAGCUUGCAGGAAACCAAGUUAAAUGUCUUGGGAAAUACCUGAGCCUAAGCUUAGUUUGGAGUUGCUUCAAGUGGUUCUUUAGUGGUAUUGGAGAUGCUUGUGGGUUUGAUCACUUCCCCACACUUGGUUUAACUCUCUUCAAGAACACGUUUUACUUUGAUUUCAGUCCUACUUUUAUUGGAUGUGGUCUGAUAUGUCCCCAUUUAGUGAACUGCUCUGUUCUUCUCGGCGCUAUCAUUUCUUGGGGCUUUCUCUGGCCAUUUAUAUCACACCAUGCUGGAGAUUGGUAUCCAUCUGACCUUGACGCCAACGAUUUCAAAGGUCUCUACGGAUAUAAGGUCUUUAUCGCCAUUACUAUCAUCCUUGGUGAUGGUCUCUACAACCUCAUCAAGAUCAUCGUUGUCACUGUGAAGGAACUCUGCAACAAAAGCUCCAAACAACAACACCUACCUGUCUUCACCGACAUUUCAGAUGAGAGCGAGACCUCAGAAUCACUAAAGAGAGAUGAAGUAUUUCUAAAAGACCCUAUACCACUCGGCUUUGCGGUUUCUUGUUAUGUGUGUCUUGCAGCAAUCUCAACCGCAACAAUCCCAUUGAUAUUCCCACCAUUGAAAUGGUACUUUGUCCUCUGUUCAUACUUGAUCGCGCCGGCUCUCGCCUUCUGCAACUCCUACGGAGCGGGGCUCACGGAUAUGAGCCUUCCUUCAACAUACGGAAAGAUUGGUCUCUUCACAAUCGCUUCCGUCGUAGGAAACAGCGGUGGAGGAGUCAUCGCCGGUUUAGCAGCUUGUGGACUUAUGAUGGCAAUUGUCUCAACCGCAGCAGAUCUCAUGCAAGACUUCAAAACAGGUUACCUCACGUUAUCAUCUGCAAAGUCCAUGUUUGUGACUCAGCUUCUAGGCACAGCGAUGGGUUGCGUCAUCGCUCCUCUCACGUUUUGGAUGUUUUGGACUGCUUUCGACGUUGGAGAACCUGAUGGUCUUUACAAGGCUCCUUACGCUGUUAUCUACCGCGAAAUGGCUAUUCUCGGGAUCGAAGGGUUUGCGAAACUUCCUAAGCAUUGUUUGGCUCUCUGUUGCGGAUUCUUUGUGGCUGCUCUGACUGUGAAUCUUGUCAGAGACGUUACGCCGUUAAAGAUCUCUAAGUUUGUACCACUUCCUAUGGCUAUGGCUGCUCCGUUCUACAUUGGAGCUUACUUCGCCGUGGACAUGUUUGUUGGAACUGUGAUUUUGUUUGUGUGGGAACGUAUGAACAAGAAAGACGCAGAUGAUUACUCGAGUGCAGUUGCUUCAGGUUUGAUCUGUGGCGAUGGAAUUUGGACUAUUCCGUCUGCGGUUCUUUCAAUCUUGAGAAUCAAUCCUCCCAUUUGUUUCGAUUCGAUAAUCAUGGAUGCACCUCCCGAACCUGUUACCUACGUCUGUGGAGAUUGUGGACAAGAGAACACUCUCAAGUCAGGGGAUGUGAUCCAAUGCAGAGAGUGUGGUUACCGUAUCCUCUACAAGAAGCGUACCCGUAGAGUUGUUCAGUACGAAGCUCGCUGA